GACAAAUGUCAAGUGACUAGCAGCUGGAAGUGAUUUUUAUUGUUGAUUUUAAUUUUAUUUGCUGAUUCCGGUGAUUUCCUUCAUUUACUUAGUAAAUUUACAAAUUUAAGAAAAAGUACUUGUUUAUUGUAGAUUUUGGACAAUGUCACGAGAUAAAAGUGUCUGGUUUGCAGAGGAAAUUCUUUUGGACGCCAAGCUUAUUAAUUUCCAAUUAGAAACAGGAGAAUGGGAUGCCGUGGAAGAAAUGUUGCGUGCAGAGGCACAGUUAUCCAGAGAUGCAGAGACUGGACGAUUAAGACCGAAAAAAGCUUCAGAAUAUACAUUACGAUUAAUAGCAGAAGUCCUGCAUAUUAUGAGACUGGAUGUUGAACAAGCUUCAUACAACCGGAGCACACUUGCAGUAGCAGAGCAAUGCCUGCGGUUAGUCCGCUCCUGUGCAGCUGCUGGCACCAAGAUGCAGACUUACAUCUCUAAAGAACUCUCCAUUCUAGACUCCAUGCUUAUUUUAGCCACAGAGUUUCAACAUCCUAGUGUAGAAAUACUGAAUGAAGAGUUACAAAAGAAAUUCGAAGGCUGCAUGACAGUUUUGAUACAAACAUUAGGCAACCUUGUUGUUAAUAAUCCUUUUAAUCAAAUAAUGAUUUGGAACAAAUUUGAUUCAAUCAUCUUGAACUGUUUGAUUGGACAGAAUGAUAAAAUAGCUUCCGCAGCAGCUAUGAUAGUCUAUAACAUACUCUUAGGUCAACCAAAUGUGUUGCCAGAUGAUGUAUCUCUAUUAAAUUCACUUGCAUACUUGUACAAUAAUGGCAACAUUGAGUAUCCACAUUUAAUUAUUGAAUACCUUAUAGGUGUAGAGAACACUUAUAUAGAAAGAUUAUAUUCUAAAUUAGAACCUGAAUGUAGAAUGCUUGUUUUGAAUCUUGCUUAUAAUAUUUUAAUGUCAACGGAGACACAGGAUAUAAAUGUGUCAGUUAAUUUUGUGAAGUUUAUGGCGCAUGAGUUUAAAAGCAAAUCAGAUUGUAUUUUGAAGACUGUUGAUAAAUAUGUGAACAAUAUUGAACCUCAAGAAGUUGUGUUUUUGUUAGAAAUUAUUGCAACAGCCUCAAGUAUGGAUGCAUAUAUGGAUUGUUUGCAAAAUGACACAUCUUUGUUCAUCAAUUGUGCUUUUCUUCUUCGUGCCAUUCAUAAAUUAGGUAAGGAGAGUAGUAAUUUCUUUUCUUCAAUCAACAAACUUUAUGAAGCUACGGGCAAACAUUUGAUCAAUGACGAAAAUAUAUACAACAAUAGCCCACCAGAAAAUCCUCUUUGUAAAAAUGAUUCUGCCGACAACAUGCUAUCUUGCAACGAAACGACAUCCGAAUGCACUGAAUCGGAAAGCAGCGAACAAUACUUCGAAUGUAACGAAAAUCCACCUUUCCUCGACAAAAUGGAAACAUUAAACGCACUAGAUAAUUUAAAAUUCAUGGAAUCAAUGCCUGAUCCUAAAAGAAGUCCGGAUUGCAAUCCAAAUGUUAAGAUCGAUAACGAUUUGACCAAAGUUGCAUUCAAGAGGAGUAGUUCUGUACCUAAGACUGACGAACGUAUCUCUUUGCCGACUAGAAGAAUCAGUUUAGAGCAUAAAAUAGAUAUCGGAGAUGAUAAUGAACCUCCUUUGAUUAUUGAUUCACAAUCACCGUCUGGAAGUAUGAAUACAAUAGCAGAAGUGAUUCCUGUAGGACUUCAGCCGAGAUUAGAAUUACAAGAGGGAAGUAGAACUGAUUCACAAGAUAGUUCUCCGAAUGAUCCUCCAACUGAAAUACAUGUGCCGACUGAAGCUAAGGAAAUUAAAUCAUCGCCUAGUGAAAUAUCCCCACCACUUUCUGAUGCGGUACCCGAGAUUGAUUCACAGAAACAAUCGCCAGAUACACCUAAAGAGGUUAAAAAAAGUCAAAACCUAUCGACGGAUUUCGAUCUAAGCGAGCAAUUGCAGAAAAUCUUAGGUAUAUCGGAUAAAACGCGCGGUGAUUCAACUAAUGUGGAAAAGAAAACGGAAUCGGUUAAAGAAGUGAAGUUAGCGGAAGAGAAUCCUACAGCUAAGAUACCGUCGGUUAAAAUUGAUUCGCCUGAAACUCAGAAAACAAGGUUGGGAGCGAUAGACAUGAACACUUCAAAGAAGGCAGUGACGUGCGUGGAGACGGUGGAGCGGCAUGUCGCAUUCGGCUUCAAGGCGGCGCUCGUGCGGACGCUCGCCAACCUCUGCUGGAAACACCAGGAGAACAAGAAACAGAUGCGAGAAUUGGAAGUUAUUCCCGUGCUUUUAGAUUGCUGCAACAUCGAUGCGCGUAAUCCUCUUAUUAUGCAGUGGGUGAUUUUCGCAGUACGAAAUUUGUGUGAGAAUUGUCCGGAAAAUCAGGAGGUGAUAUCAAGAAUGACGCUCCAAGGGCCCGUAGAUAACGAGGUGCUACAAGAAAUGGGGCUCACUCUGCACACAGAUGCACAAGGAAAUACCAUAAAAGUAGCGCCAUUGCCACGGGCUUAAAACAUAAUAGAAGAAUAGGCUUCUUUAAUAGCGAUUCUAUUUAAUAGACAAUAGUUUAUUCUUCAAAAUUCUUAAAAUAAAUGCUUUCUAGUUUGAUUCUGAAGUUAUAAAAGCAUAUAAAUCAGGUAUCCAUUAUGCUAUAUCGACAGUAGAAGCAGGAUGUAAGGUAAAUGAAUGAACUUAUAUUCUUUUGAAUUUGUACAUUGUGUACGACGUAAAAAUAAAAUUGUGCUAAAACUGA